CGUGUUGUGUCAGAUCUCCCAGCGUUCAUAGCAGCGUUGUGACGUCAGGUCAGCUGAUCGCUGCUCUACCAAGGAGAAAAAUGUCGCUGACAAGCUGGCGAAGGAUGGAGGCUGUCUUCUCCGCGGUGUGUGUCCUCUGCUUCAUUGUCACUAACGGUGUACAUGGAGACCGCUUAACAGUGCUGCAGGCUCCAGAGUUUGUUUCCUUCCAGAAAGGAGACUGGCCUGUUUCUGGAGAGACGAUCCCUGACCUGGUGGCUUUGACCAUGGGCUUCUCUGUUAAAGAGGAUCUGUCCUGGCCAGGCCUUAAAGCUGGUCCACUGUUCCAGCGUCCCCGAGCUAACGUACUGGUGGUGGUGAGAGGGGUCGAUAGCCUCGCCCUGCCUCAGAGUGUGGCCUCCUAUCCCCUGGAGAAUCCGGUGCCUUUCACCAUGGAUAGUGUUGCGGAGACAGUCCACUCUCUGUUUGCAGAGGACACCCCCGUGGUGCUGCAGCUGGCCCCCAGUGAGGAGAGGUUGUACAUGCUGGGCAAGGCCAAUGCUGUGUUCGAGGACCUACCAGUCACCCUACAGCAGAUCCGUGCCCGUCUGUCCCAGGAUGGCUCCGUGCUGGCUUCACUGCCGCUCAACUCCCUCAGUAGAAAUGCAGAGGCUGAUUUGCUCUUUUUGUCUGAGGUCCAAGUGCUGCAUGAUAUCACAGCUCUGCUGCAAAGACACAGACAUUUGGCGAAGGACCACUCUCCUGACCUCUACUCCUUGGAGUUGUCUGGCCUGGAGGAGCUCAGCAGGCUCUAUGGCCAAGACUCUCCUCAGUACCGCGAUGCCACAGCCAUUCUUGCCUCUGUUCUGCAGAAAUUUGGAGAGGAUGUGUAUGCUCUGUAUGGCAACAAUGCUGUUGUGGAGGUUGUAACCGUUAAGAGCUUUGAGGCUCCGUUGACCAGGAAGUCCCGUUCGAUCCUGGAAUCCAAACAGAUUAGUAACCCUGGCAGCCCUUACAACCUGGCCUACAAGUACAACUUCCACUAUGCAGUGGUCUUCAACAUUGUGCUGUGGCUGAUGAUCACUCUGGCCCUCGCUGUCAUCGCCAUCUCUUACAACCUGUGGAACAUGGACCCAGGAUAUGACAGCAUUAUCUACAGGAUGACCAAUCAGAAGAUCAGGAUGGACUAAGUCCUGACCAUCAGCACUCCUGCUGUCCUCUUAGAUCCCUCCAGUGAAUGUUUGUGUUGUUUGUGUGUGUGAGGUCUUGUGACAAAACUGUGAGGGCUUGAUGGGAGGAAGUAAAAUACUGAAUCACCUGUUUGUUUACAACAUUGGCAAGAUAACGGACAAUGUCACAGUUAACAACAAUAAAGUAGUGAUUCUUAAAGGUUACUGCCUACAUGAGCAGUUUAAUAUCAUCUUCCACCGCCUGUACACACUGACAAAUUCAGACUUCCUCCCUUCAACCUCACAUCAUUCCUUACUUUAACUCCUCACUAACUGUGUUUCAUUUGUUUCCCUGGUGAUUGCAAUUGUAUUUUUUAUUGUAAAGAAAACUAUUGUAAUGUUAUGAAAGAAUGAGAUUUGUCUGGUUUCUGUGUGAAUUAGUGCUUGUCUUGCUGUGUGAAAUUGUUUUAAGUUAAAUCUAUGUGUAUAUAUUGAAUAUACAAAUGCAACUGUUAUAAGAAACUGCUGUACUCUUAUUGUGAAAAAGAUGUGUGCAGUGUUUAUUCCAGGUAGGUUUCACCCUGCUUCAAUUCUGUAUGGUAAAUGCUUAUUGGAUUCAAUUAAUACUUGAUCAUGAUGUUGGUUGUUAAGAUUGAGCGAGGAUAAAUGAAGCUCUGUACAUUGCAAUAAAAUGCCUGAAAAUAAAUUAUUACAUGGAU